AUGAGCAGACACGACUACCCAGCCGAUCCAGCCUACGACGACGGAGCGUACAGCGUUCAUUCCGCUGAAUCAGGGCCGGCUUACGGUGCCCCGCAAUCCCAACCGCGCGCCAUGCGCCCACCGGGACCCCCGGGCCCAGGGCCGGGGUAUGGACGCCCACCAAACGGAUACCCUCCAGGAGGUGUGCCGCCGCAGUCGCGACCCAGAACCCCGGGUGGACGCCCAGGUCCAGGACCAGGUCCAGGUGGACGUUAUGAUAAUUCAUACCCGCCCGCCCAAUAUCAAGACCCGAGAGAUCCACGAGCCCGACGAGACCCGCGAGACCCGCGAGACCCAAGAGAUCCCAGGAAUGCGAGGCCCCCGAGAGACCCGCGAGACCCCAGGGCCAGGGAUCCGAGGGAUCGGCGUGCCCCGCCGCCGCGAGGAUUAGAGACUAGCAUGUCUGCCAUGGAUCUCAAUGGGAGGGCGGUCGAUAUGAAUGGAAGAGGCCCCCCGAGACCCCAUACCUCAAACGGGAGGCGCCCUGAGAUGCGACAGCCACCUCCGCGCGGUCCUCCGCCGGGGCGUGGUCGCGGCGGAUACCCAAUGGGUCCAGUGCGAGCCGGGAGCUCAGGUCGGUCGGAUCGAUCUGAUCGCGACUAUGCGGAUCCUAUGGCGCGGAUGCCUCCACCACCACGAAGCACAACCAUGCCACUUGGCGCGCCAAUGGGUGCGCCGAUGGGUGCGCCAUCGUACCCCGGUCAGUCAACCUAUCAAGAAUCCGAUUACCCAGGGAGCCCGAUGGAUCCUCCCAUGCGCCCCAGCACGGCGGGGAGUAUGCACCCCUCGCAAUCUCGCGCCCCCAACGAUAUAGACCCUGGCUUAAUCAUUCCCUCCGCUGGGCUGAUGAUUCCCCCCGAGCCUACCAACCGCGUUUCAUAUGCCCCGAAAGAUUUCUUGGACAGCUACUAUGACUCUGGCGAAGAGCCUGAUAUGCCUAAUUUCGACGCCAUGCCGGCUGCUGGUCAUACUACCAUCGACGAAAUGGGACUGGAGACACCCAAGUCCAAGGCACCAGCUCCCCAUACAAACUCUUCGCCCGGAAACUACAAUACGUACUCGCCCACAGGGGACGACUUCAUGCGUUCUCAGUCUCAGCCAAAUCUCCGACAAGCCGAUGUAGCCCCCAACCAGUUUGAGAAUGCCGGAUUCCAGUUUGAUAUUCCUGGAGAAGCACCGCCCGGUCCUGCUGUUGACCAUGGGUACGCAGCAAAUUCCUAUGAUGAUUAUCCUGGUUACUCGCAGGCUCCCGCACCGCCCAGAGGGAACCAGCCAGGCUAUCUUGAUCACCCUGAGGCCCCCGAUCCUCAGCAAAAUCCCGAUGCUCUGCCGCAUCACCCGGCUCCUUUCCGCCUGGGCCACGAUCAAGGACCCAAGCCCGCGCCAGUACGGCAAUAUAACGCUCCGGAAUCAGCUCCUGUUGCUGCACCUGCCCCGGUCUCACAGCCCGCGAUUCUACCCCGAGGACCGGCGCAGGCGCCUGUCACAAUUGACGAGUUGCAGCGCCUACAAAAAAUAGCGCGAGGCAAUCCCGCUGAUCAAAAAGCCCAUCUCCUCCUCGCCAAGAAGCUUAUUGAAGCAUCCACUGUGCUGGUAGGCGAUAACAGCCGACUAGACCCGAAGACAAAGGCCAAAGCAAAGGAGAAGUACAUCAUGGAUGCGCACAAGAUCGUGAAGAAACUCGUGGCAGGAGGGUACUCCGAGGCGCAGUUUUUCCUUGCCGAUUGCUACGGUGAAGGCCUCCUCGGGUUGGAGGCCGACCCCAAAGAAGCCUUCUCACUCUACCACUCCGCCGCCAAGCAAGGCCACGCCCAGUCCGCAUACCGAGUCGCCGUGUGCUGCGAGAUCGGACAAGAGGAGGGCGGCGGUACCAAGCGCGACCCCUUCAAAGCAGUCCAAUGGUAUAAGCGCGCGGCCUCGCUGGGCGACACCCCUGCCAUGUACAAAAUGGGAAUGAUCAGCCUGAAAGGACUCCUGGGCCAAGCCCGCAACCCACGCGAAGGAGUAUCCUGGCUGAAGCGCGCAGCUGAGCGCGCAGACGAAGAGAACCCCCACGCCCUCCACGAGCUGGCACUGAUGUACCAGAAUGCCGGUGGGAACGACAUCAUCAUCCGUGAUGAGCAAUACGCUUCCCAGCUCUUCCAUCAGGCCGCUGAACUGGGUUACAAGUUCUCUCAGUUCCGUCUUGGUAAUGCCUACGAGUACGGGCUGAUGGGAUGCCCUGUUGACAACCGCACCAGUAUCAUUUGGUACACGCGUGCUGCGGCCCAGGGCGAACAUCAGAGUGAGCUUGCGCUUAGUGGUUGGUAUCUUACUGGGUCGGAGGGGAUUCUCCAGCAGAAUGAUACAGAGGCUUAUCUGUGGGCGCGCAAGGCUGCAACUUCCGGUCUUGCUAAGGCGGAGUAUGCUAUGGGAUAUUUCACUGAGGUUGGAAUUGGCUCUGCUGCUAAUCUGGAUGAUGCGAAGCGCUGGUACUGGCGCGCGGCUGCCCAAGGAUUCCCCAAAGCUCGUGAGCGUCUCGAGGAUCUCAAGAAGGGCGGCAGUCGCAUGGAAAAGACCCGUCUCUCUCGCUCGGCUGUCAACAAGCAGAGUGAUGGUGAUUGCGUUCUGAUGUAA